ACACACGGCUGGGGUAUUUUCAGCCAUAUCCAGGCAUCCGGGGCUGACUAUAAACCCAACAAGUGUCACUGGAGACGUGCACACGUGCAUCCUUCUUUUGGCGUUGACCUCAGCCCCAGAAGGGCAGUGCUGUGCAGUGGUUCAAAAGCAAGAGGAGUGUUACUCUUUGAUGCAAGAAGAUAUGCCCCAUUCUCACCACACCGACCUCCCGGCGCCGUGAGCAAUCCGGUUGGCAUCUCCCACCUUGGGAUUGGGGCUGUGGCCCUUGCACAACACAGGGGUCCAUUGCGGUCCUGGUAGCAGCGAGCGGAUGGUGGUGAAAGUCCUCCAACCAUCAGAGAGAGUCCACCAGCUGUGUGCAAAAUACAAGGAUGUGCAUAAAAAAAAGUCUGGCAAACUUGCAGGGAAAAGCAAAAGGAGCACUCCUAUUUACUACCGCUGAAUUUGAAACCUCCAGAGUGCUCAUUCCGCUUUCAGAGCUCCCCGACAGAUCCUGCAUUUCCCCGCAGCUGUUGCUGUCAGGCUGUAAUAGGACGCACCAGAGAAAACCCAGCACGUGGCUGGGAGCGAGGAGAUGUGCGAGCUCAUCAGUGCUCAGACAUCAAAUUGUUUCGGGGUGUGUGUGCAUGCAGACAUUCCACGUGCCCAGUGCAACUCACCCUCAGCAGAGCGCUCCAGAACCUCACUGGUAUCACGAUGUGGAUCUGCCAUUUCCAGGCCCCACGCUCAGUGCUGGCAGCAGGAAGGCCGUUUGCAGCUCGGCUUCUCACGCCUCAGAGCGUGGCCAGGCCUCGCGUUUCCUUCUGCUCCCCCCACUGUGACAACUGAGGCACGGACUCCGUUGCUGGUGCAGGACGAAGACCGAUAUUGGACGUGCUCACAACCUUUCAUACCCACGCAGCAACCCCUUGGCCACGUGCCCGAGCCAGGCGCUUCGUGCGUGUUUAUGCCUGGCUCAAGGAGCUGCCGAGCUUGUUUACUCAUCCCAGGUCUUCUGCUCAUCAAAGUGAGAAUGUCGUUGUUUUCCCACACCCUGCAUCCCCCCCCUCCCUGCCCUCGCUCCGUCUCCUGCCCACAGCCUGGCUUUGUCUCCCUCCUUGCAGACAGCCCAUCGGCUCCGGUCAAUGUCACAGUCAAACACCUGAAAGCCAACUCAGCCGUAGUGACCUGGGACGUUCUGGAGGAUGAAGUGGUCAUCGGAUUUGCGAUUUCCCAGCAGAAGAAGGACGUGCGGAUGCUGCGCUUCAUCCAGGAGGUGAACACCACCACCCGCUCCUGUGCCCUCUGGGACCUAGAGGAGGACACUGAGUACAUUGUGCAUGUCCAGGCCAUCAGCAUCCAAGGCCAGAGCCCUGCCAGUGAGCCAGUCCUCUUCAAGACCCCCAGGGAAGCUGAGAAACUGGCUUCUAAAAAUAAAGAUGAGGUGACAAUGAAGGAGAUGGCGAAGAAAAACCAACAGCUGCGCGCAGGGGAAAUACUCAUCAUUGUGGUGGUGCUGUUUAUGUGGGCAGGGGUGAUCGCCCUGUUCUGCAGGCAGUACGACAUCAUCAAAGACAACGAGCCCAACAACAGCAAGGAGAAAGCCAAGAGCGCCUCAGAGAACAGCACUCCCGAGCACCAGGGCGGGGGGCUGCUCCGCAGCAAGGUGAGUGCUGGGGGGUGCAGCAGGCAGGCAGCUCCCGGCACCCUGACACAGCCCCACAUCAGCUCCCCUCCUCCAGCAGCAAUGCAGGAAGGAAAUGCCCCUUUGCCCCAACAAGCGCCAGUGCUGCGGUGUCGUUAGCGGUCUGAGCAUCCCCCGCGUGGCACUCCCACCUCGGGGUCAGCCUGCGCUUAUCACUAAAAGCGAUGUCGGUCCAAACUGAAGCAUCCAAAUAUCUCCAGAAGGAAAGCAUGCUAAGCAGCGCUGCAGCCCCCGAGCUGCCCACCCCCCACAGUGGUCAGGUGCAGAGCGGUGAAGGGGAUAAUCCCCAUGCAAUUAACGGGGGAGCUGACCAGCUGCAGCAUGGCUGGCAAGACACAUGGUGUUUAAGGUUUGCUACAUUCAUACUGCAAGGAGACUCCAGCUUCUAACUGAUACCAAUUUGUUCAGUUCAUUUUACUUUCCUGUGCUUCUGUUCACCACUUGCAUUCCGCCACAUCCCCACUGUGCCGCAUUUCCUGAUUAUUAGAGACAGUUCAGUAGCACACACGCUUCCAAGCAGACCAUCAUGAAUUGGCCCAGCACCGACCCUUCUUCACAACCCACAGGGGAUGGGAGUGAGAGCUUUUACACAGCAAGAGUUCACGCACAUGCACAGAUCUGACGCAGGUAUGCUCUCCUCCCCAGUUAUUUCUAUGCACCUUCUCUUCCUUUGUCUCUUCUCUCCCAGUUCCCAAAAAACAAACCCUCAGUGAACAUCAUUGAGGCGUGACAGCAGCUGCUGAUGGACUCCACUUCUCAUGCUCAUGUUCUGCCUCUGAGCCUCGAUGACUGGGGAGGUGAAAUAGCAUCGGAGCGAUUGGGAAGGAGACCUGGCCACCAUCACUUGGUGGCACACGGCUCCUUCCUCAUCUGUGCUCUGCAAACAGAACGAAAAACCCUGCAAAGAAAAGAAAAUCAACCCCAAACCCAACCAAGACGGAAAAGCACCAGUGGGAGCUGCUGCCAGUGGUCCUGAAUGGGACUCAUGGAUCGCUGCACAGGAGCAGCCUCUCACGCUCCUGCCCGCCCUCACACUCCGUCUCCUGGAACAAUUUUCCCAUCUUUGGAAACGUACGAUGUUUCGUUGUUGCGUUGUCUCACUCUCACCCCAUCUCGGCAGCAUCACCGUGAGCUCCGGCACCGCUCGCCGGCACUGCCCCUGGGCCACAAGGAAGGGAGGGAGGAAGGGAGGAAGGGAACUCCCUGUGGACACAACCAGGCGCGCGCUGCCGUGCGCUCUCGGCUUGCUUUGUCCCAUUGGCACUUGUUGUGUAACGUCUCACAGGUGGGGUUUGCAAGAAACAGAGGAAAGAGAAGCGCCCCAGGCUCCAGCCCCACCGCGGGAGCUCCCCUGGCUGCUUCCAGGCCGGGUUCCAGCGCUGGUGCCGCCCAUCACACAGCAGUGUUCUUCAUCUCAGAUACCUGGGGCACAGACCGAGACGAGGGGGCACCGGAAGGCCCCGUUCAGCUUCCAGGAUAAAUCCAUCUUGCUUGUGGUAUUUUCAGCAGCCGCAGUGUGAGAAACACUCCGUCAAGAUGUAGCCAGUCAGCAAAAAAAAAAAAAAAAAAAGAAAAAAAAGAAAAACAAAAAGAAAGAAAAAAAACUCACGAUACCGGUCGCUAUGCAAGGUCUCGGCGGCAAUGGCCAUUUGCUGCAGAAGGCUUCUGCCUAAGGGACCUUUUCCUGAGGGCUUCAGUUCUUAGUGGCUUCUCCUCGUGGGGUUGCAGUGCGUGGGCCUGGCUCUCCUCGGGCGUCCCGGCCGCACCGCUCUGCGAUGCCAGGUUCCUGCUGCAGGCAGCCCUCCGUGAGCAGGGGUCAUGGAAGGGGCCGGGUCUCCUCCUGCUGCCGGGUUCUGGAUGUGCACACGCUGAGGGGAUGCCUGGGAGCGCUGGUGCUCGGAGCCGGGAGGUGCGAGUGCAUCGCAUGGGACAGAUUAACUCGUGUAGUGUGCCAUGGGGUAUCUGUAUGUACCUACUCCACAAAACCACUCCACAUGCACUAGGGGAUGAGGCAAGAUCCUAUUUGUUCCAUCAGACGGGUUGGCCUGAGGAGGGCUUUAAUCUCUUUACACCACACCCGAGUUAAAGUCCCCGCAAGGAGCCGGGCUGGCGGCCACCAGCGCCUCCAGCGCAGCCCAGCCUGGAGGAGGGCACCGGGUCUGCCCACGCGCCGUGGACAAGAAGGGCUUCCCCUGCGCCAGCUCCAGGCCGACCCCUCUGGUCUCUUCCACGGAUCCUUUGCCAGAACGUACUCCUCCAUCACCAAGAGGGAGAGGUCAACACCUCUGAUACAGACAGAGCAAUAAACAUUUUAUAAUGUACAAUAAAAGAUUAAAGGUG